CGGAGGCGCCAGGCGGAGCAGGGCUGUCUGUGUCGCCGUGCAAGCAGCAGCGGCUCGGGCACCGAGGGGCAGAGCCAGGGCCGGGAGCCGCCGGGGGCACGGCUCGGGAGAGCGGGCCCCACCAUGAGGCUCCAGCCCCAUUGGAGCCCCUGUGCUCCCCUGGCUCCCGGCACACUGUGCUAGCCCCCAGCCAGGGUGUGGCGAGGCGCAGCGGCCAUGGCCAGCCACGUGGACCUACUGACGGAGCUGCAGCUGUUGGAGAAGGUGCCCACGCUGGAGCGGCUGCGGGCUGCCCAGAAGCGCCGGGCUCAGCAGCUGAAGAAGUGGGCGCAAUAUGAACAGGACCUACAGCAUCGCAAACGCAAGCAUGAACGGAAGCGUAGCACUGGCGGCCGCCGCAAGAAGGUGUCCUUCGAGGCCAGCGUUGCCCUGCUCGAGGCCUCUCUGAGGAACGACGCUGAGGAAGUACGCUACUUCCUGAAGAACAAGGUCAGCCCCGAUCUGUGCAACGAAGACGGACUCACGGCCCUGCACCAGUGCUGCAUCGACAACUUUGAGGAAAUUGUCAAGCUGCUCCUUUCGCAUGGUGCCAACGUGAACGCCAAGGACAACGAGCUGUGGACGCCCCUGCACGCUGCAGCCACCUGCGGCCACAUCAACCUGGUGAAGAUCCUCGUUCAGUAUGGGGCCGACCUGCUUGCUGUCAACUCCGACGGGAAUAUGCCCUAUGACCUCUGUGAGGAUGAGCCCACCCUGGAUGUCAUCGAGACCUGCAUGGCGUACCAGGGCAUCACCCAAGAGAAGAUCAACGAGAUGCGGGCCGCCCCCGAGCAGCAGAUGAUCGCCGACAUCCACUGUAUGAUUGCUGCAGGCCAGGACCUCGACUGGAUAGAUGCCCAGGGUGCCACGCUGCUGCACAUAGCUGGCGCCAAUGGAUACCUGAGGGCAGCUGAGCUCCUCUUGGACCACGGUGUGCGUGUGGAUGUCAAGGACUGGGAUGGCUGGGAGCCCCUGCACGCAGCUGCCUUCUGGGGACAGAUGCAGAUGGCAGAGCUGUUGGUGUCCCAUGGGGCUAGUCUCAGUGCCAGGACAUCCAUGGAUGAGAUGCCAAUAGACCUGUGUGAGGAGGAGGAGUUCAAGGUCCUGCUGCUGGAGCUCAAACACAAGCAUGAUGUGAUCAUGAAGUCGCAGCUGAGGCACAAGUCAUCUCUGAGCCGGAGGACGUCCAGCGCAGGCAGCCGAGGGAAGGUGGUGCGGCGAGCCAGCCUGUCGGACAGGACCAACCUGUACAGGAAGGAGUAUGAGGGAGAGGCCAUUCUCUGGCAACAGCGAAGUGCGGCUGAGGACCAGCGGACCUUGACCUACAAUGGGGACGUCAGGGAGACCAGGACGGACCAGGAGAAUAAGGACCCUAACCCCCGGCUGGAGAAGCCCGUGCUACUCUCUGAAUUUUCCACCAAGAUCUCCCGGGGUGAACUGGACGGGCCUGUGGAGAAUGGCCUCCGGGCCCCGGUCAGCGCCUACCAGUACGCGCUGUCCAACGGGGACGUGUGGAAGGUGCACGAGGUGCCUGACUACAGCAUGGCCUAUAGCAACCCAGGCCUGGCCGAUGCCACGCCGCCCUGGGGCGGCUACAAGGAGCAGAGCCCCCAGACGCUCCUGGAGCUGAAGCGGCAGCGGGCCGCGGCCAAGCUCCUCAGCCACCCGUUCCUGAGCACGCACCUGGGCAGCAGCAUGGGCCGGGGUGGGGAGAGCAGCAAUGAAGGCAAGGCCCCAUUGAUCGGAGGCAGAACUUCACCAUACAGCAGCAACGGGACCUCGGUGUAUUACACGGUCACCAGCGGAGACCCACCUCUCCUGAAGUUCAAGGCCCCCAUAGAAGAGAUGGAGGAGAAGGUCCACGGCUGCUGCCGCAUCUCCUAAACUCUCAUCUCUGUGCACAGAGGAGAGAGAUGCCUUGGGGAGGGGCAGCCCCCAGAUCCAGGCCAGCCCAACCGCUCUGGCUGGGAAAGCAUGGGGAGGAGGCUGGUGUCGGGGGACGUGGGCUCUGCCUUCCAGGGUAAUGCUGACCUGCACCCCUCCUCCAGCUGCCCAUAGCACCCCUACUCCCUAUG